AUGCAUUCUUUCUCCUUGAAUCAAUGGGCCCUGGACUUCCAGGGAAACCUUGAGCGUAUACUCACCAGCAUUUCCAUAGCGAAGAGCAAGGGAGCUACCCUGCGGGUCGGCCCAGAGCUAGAGAUUCCCGGAUAUGGGUGCUUGGAUCACUUUCUUGAAGGUGAUACCGUUCUCCACUCUUGGGAGGUGCUCGCCAAGAUUCUGGCAUCAGAAGAAGCCAUGGGGAUUCUUUGCGAUAUAGGAAUGCCCGUCGUCCACAAGAAUGUCAUCUACAACUGUCGAGUAAUUAUAUACGACAGGAAGAUAUUGCUGAUAAGACCAAAGAUGUGGUUGGCCAAUGAUGGAAACUAUCGUGAACUCAGGUACUUUACGCCAUGGGUCAAGCAUCGCCAGUGGGAAGACCACUAUCUUCCCCGAAUCAUCCAGACAAUAACCAGACAGGUUAAAGUCCCUUUUGGCGAUGUGUUGGUCAGCACUCAGGAUACUUGCAUUGGCAUCGAGCUAUGCGAGGAACUCUUCACUCCUUCAAGUCCACACAUAUUAAUGGGACUUGAUGGAGCCGAAAUAUUCACUAAUUCCAGCGGAAGCCAUCACGAACUUCGAAAGCUCUACCGUCGCGUUGAAUUAAUAAAGGAAGCAACAUUGAAGCUAGGAGGGGUAUACCUGUAUGCCAACCAACAAGGGUGUGACGGGGAUCGCCUCUACUACGACGGAUGCGCGCUCAUUGCAAUCAACGGCAAAGUCAUCGCCCAAGGCUCCCAAUUCUCUUUGAAUGAUGUUGAAGUGGUGACAGCGACGAUCGAUAUAGAAGACGUACGAGCACACCGGGCCAAGAGUAGUCGCAGCAUGCAGGCCGCUCAGUCUGAGAGAUAUCAUCGCGUCGAAGUACCGUUUGCUUUGAGUGGAGGCAAAUUCGAGGAGGUGAAAUUCGAUGACAUUGCCGGGGUCUCUCCUACACAAGGUCCCGAAGUCAAAUAUCACACCCCAGAAGAGGAGAUCGCAUUCGGCCCGGCUUGUUGGCUAUGGGAUUAUCUGAGGCGGUCGCGUACCCAAGGCUACUUUUUGCCUCUCAGUGGAGGGAUAGACAGCUGCGCCACCGCAGUAAUAGCCCAUUCUAUGUGUCGUAUCGUUGCUGAAGCUGCACGCCGUGGAGAUAAACAAGUGAUCGCUGACGCCAGGAGGAUUGUAGGUGAAUCAGAAGACUCGGGUUACUUACCUUCCGAUCCGAAGGAGUUCGCUGGAAGGAUAUUCCACACCUGCUACAUGGGUACCGAGAACUCCAGUGUUGAGACAAGGAGACGAGCGAAGCAACUAGCUGAAGCCGUAGGAAGCUACCACACAGAUUUGAACAUGGAUACUCUAGUUUCAUCAGUAGUCAGCUUGUUCAGCUUCGUAACGGGUGCUAAACCGAGGUUCAGAGCACACGGAGGGUCAAAUGCAGAGAAUCUCGCAUUGCAGAACAUUCAGGCGAGGUUACGCAUGGUUCUUGCUUACCUCUUCGCCCAGCUCCUCCCUUGGGUAAGGGGCGGGAAUGGUGGCUUGCUUGUCCUGGGCAGCGCAAACGUCGAUGAAAGUCUACGAGGUUACUUCACUAAAUACGACUGCUCGUCUGCGGACAUCAAUCCUAUCGGCGGAAUCAGUAAAUCCGAUCUUAAACGCUUCAUUGCCUACGCUCGUGACGCAUUUGAUUUGCCAAUAUUGACGGAGUUCCUCGAAGCUGUACCUACUGCAGAGUUAGAACCGAUAACUGAGACGUAUGUUCAAGCCGAUGAGGCCGAUAUGGGUAUGACCUAUGACGAACUGUCGGUCUUCGGUCGAUUGCGCAAAGUUGAGAAAUGCGGCCCGUACAGCAUGUUCACCAAGCUGGUCCAUGAAUGGGGAUCACUCUUAUCACCAACACAGAUUGCCGAGAAAGUCAAACAUUUCUUCUUCGAAUACGCAAGGAACAGGCAUAAGAUGACCACCAUAACCCCGGCAUACCAUGCAGAAUCAUACAGCCCUGACGACAACAGGUUCGACUUGCGCCCAUUCCUCUACCCUGCGAGGUUCCCGUGGCAAUUUAGAAAGAUCGAUGAAGUUGCUGCCGCAUUGCCAGAUAGAUCCCAGCAUGCAAGCAAAGACAAGACAGAGUAG